AUGACAUGGUACUAAAGUUUCAAAUAAAGCCCUUCAUAUGAGCUGCUUAACUCAGUGCCAGCUAUAUAGAAUGGGAAUAAUCUAUAGUUCUUGAUUCAAAAUUAAAAAUAUAACACCGAAGCAGAACAAAAUUAAAAUUGCGUAAUUUUUAACAUAUAUAAUUUUAGGCAAAAUUUAUUUAUUUAGAGCCUUAUACUUUUUUAAAAUUUACGGUGUCAAAUAAAUAUUUGCUAAUUAAAUCGAAAAUUUAUAUUAAUAAAAACCUUGAUGAUUGA